AUGGCUGUUCAGAACAAGGCCACACGUUGCAUGAUCACUAAGGCAGUCGCCGCUAUUUUACUCUUGGCCCCUUUCCUGGUUGUCCCAACCUGCGGACAGCAGAGCACGGCCUGUGUCACGACCUACGACCCCACUGAGGACUACUUCCUUGACAAGUCCCAAGUCGACGGCGGCGCAUUGUUCAGCAUCACCUACAACCUAAACUACAAAGUCGUUAAAAACACCUCCCUCAACACCACCUACAUCCUUACUCAAUGCGGAACUCCCACCCCAAAUGCAACCAUCGUACCUCGAACAAACACCACCAUCUUUAUCCAAAUCCCCGUCACCAACCUUGCCUCCCUCGCCACCACUGCUGUCUCUUAUAUCGAAAUGCUUGGGAAACAGGCAGCCAUCAAGGCUGUUGACACUGAGGGGUUGGUUUCUUCCCCAUGUGUCCAGGCGGGAUUGGAGAAGGGCACGAUUGUGGGGUUGGAGGAUUCGAAUAGUACAUUGAGGGCUGAACAGAUGACGAAGGUCGAUGUUGUGUUUAGUUCGUAUGGUGUUGACCCUGGGACGGAGAACAAGACGGUGAUUACUUCUGAGGUUGAGGACUCGAGCCCCUUGAACCGCGCGGAAUGGCUCGAGUUCUACGCAACGUUCUUCAAUGCCGAAAAAGUCGCCCAAACCCUCACAGCCUCAAUCAACAACAACUACAACUGCUACAAAUCCGCCGCAACAACAAAAGCAACCGCAAAACCAAUCAUCGCCUGGGCUUCAUACGACGCACCUUCCUCUUACAACAACAACACUGCAUCUUGGCUCCUCUCGAGUGCUACUUACAAAAGUAUUCUCUCCACUGAUGCUGGUGCGACCUUCUUUAACGGUACUGAUUCUUCUAGCUUCUCGACCUCUGCUGCUUUUGCGACCGCGGUUCAGACGGUCGAUAUCCUGAUUGAUGAAUCCGUCAGUGGAUCUACAUACGACGCCUUCUUGGAGAAUUACCAACUCUCUACCACAGCCGCACCCGGAUCCACUCUGAAGUUCAUCCAGAACAAGGCUGUUUUUAGAGAAGAUGGACUGGUCAACCCCAACGACGGCCGUGAUUGGUUCGGAGGCGCCGUGGCCAUGGACGACGCCGUCCUUCAGGACCUUGUCCGUGCUGUCCAUCCGGAACUGUUCACGAUAUCGCAAUAUAACUGGAUCCGUAACAUUGCCAAGAAUGAGACCAUGCAGCUGUUGACGAGCGCUAAUUGUACUGCUGCCGAUACGACUACCCCUGUCCCUGACCGCGCCUUGUCCUGUGCCAGUCUGAAGGCUGGAGGAGGAUCCGGAAGUGGAAACAGUGCGAACGGUCUUGCCAGUGGUAUUUUGACCCUGGCUCUUGGUCUGCUUGCAGCUCUAGCCAUCCUCUAA